UAUAUGGGCAAAGCCGAGCCGCCCGCGCGCCGCCGUCUCUUCCGCGUUCAGCAAUCAGCCGGUGACGGAAGCGCUUAGAUCCGGACGGGACCGUUCAGCUGCGCUCGGACACACAGUCAGUUGUUCAUUCAUUCAUUCAUUCACCGGAGGAAAUAAAGCCGACAUGUCUUACGAGCUGAAGCGCGUGUUUGCCAGCCUGCCACACAUGGAAAGGGGCGUGGCCAAAGUCCUGGGCGGAGACCCCAAAGGGAACAACUUCCUGUACACCAAUGGCAAGAGUGUGAUAAUCAGGAACAUCGAGAAUCCAGCGAUCGCAGACGUCUACACUGAACACCCGCAUCAGGUUAUCGUGGCGAAAUACGCUCCCAGCGGAUUCUACAUCGCGUCAGGCGAUGUGUCGGGGAAAAUCCGUAUCUGGGACACGACACAGAAGGAGCAUCUGCUGAAGUACGAGUACCAGCCGUUCGGAGGGAAGAUCAAGGACAUCUCCUGGACCGAAGACAGCAAGAGGAUCGCUGUCGUGGGGGAGGGGCGAGAGAAGUUUGGAGCGGUGUUCCUCUGGGAUACGGGCUCAUCUGUCGGAGAGAUCGUGGGUCACAGCAAGAUCAUCAACACCGUCGACAUCAAACAGACGCGGCCGUAUCGUCUGGUCACGGGCAGCGACGACAACUGCACCACCUUCCUGGAGGGGCCGCCCUUCAAAUUCAAGUGCACCAUGAGUGAUCACAGUCGCUUCGUGAACUGUGUGCGCUUUUCUCCUGACGGGAAUCGUUACGCAUCGGCUGGUGCCGACGGACAGAUCUUCCUGUACGAUGGGAAGAGCGGAGAGAAGCUGGGCACUCUGGGAGGAGAGAAGGCUCAUGACGGAGGCAUUUACGCUGUCAGCUGGAGUGCCGACAGCACGCAGCUGAUCUCGGCGUCAGGUGAUAAGACGGUUAAGCUGUGGGAUGUGGGCAGCGGGACGGCGGUCACGACCUUUAACCUGGGCUCAGAUGUGCUGGACCAGCAGCUGGGCUGCUUGUGGCAGAAGAAUCACCUGCUCAGUGUUUCUCUGUCUGGAUUCAUCAACUACCUGGACAAGAACAACCCCGACCGGCCGCUGCGCACCAUCAAGGGUCACACCAAAUCCAUCCAGUGUCUGACGGUUCAUAAUGCGGACGGACGAUUGAACAUCUAUUCAGGCAGUCAUGAUGGACACAUUAAUUACUGGGACUCUGAGAGCGGAGAGAACGAUGAGAUUCUGGGGAAAGGACACUCUAACCUGGUGUCCAAGAUGACGGUGGACGACGCGGGCCGUCUGGUGACCUGCAGCAUGGACGACACCGUCCGCUACACCGACCUGAGCAAGAGAGAGUACAGUGCCUCUGAUAUGAUCAAAAUGGACGUGCAGCCAAAGUGUGUGAGUGUCGGUCCAGGAGGCCUCGCCGUCACCGUGUGUAUUGGACAGCUGGUCCUGCUGAAGGACAAGAAGAAGCUCUUCACGCUGGACUCUCUGGGAUACGAGCCUGAAGCUGCAGCCGUUCAUCCUGGAGGCGGGACUGUGGCUGUGGGCGGAGCUGACGGGAAGGUGCGUCUGUACUCGGUUCAGGGAAACACCCUGAAGGAUGAUGGGAAGGUGCUGGACGUCCAGGGACCCGUGACGGACAUGUCCUACUCGAAUGAUGGAGCGUUCCUGGCGGUAACGGACGAGAAGAAGGUCGUCACCGUGUUCACCGUCGCUGACGGAUACGCGGAGAAGAACGAGUUCUACGGUCAUCACGCGAAGGUGGUCUGUUUGUCCUGGUCACCUGAUAACGAGCACUUUGCCACCGGCGGGAUGGACAUGAUGGUUUACGUGUGGACGGUCAGCAAUCCCGACAAGAGGAUCAAACUCCCAGACACCCAUCGGUUACAUCACGUCAGCGGUCUGGCCUGGCUCGACGCCAACACGCUCGUCACGACGUCUCACGACGCCUGCGUCAAACAGUGGACUCUGAAGAUCUAAGCGCUGGCUCUCGGGAUCAACAGGAACAGAGACGGCCGUCUCGCUCUCGCUGUCUUUCUGUCGCUCUUCCUCUCUUCUUCUGUCUGUUGAUCACUGCUGCUCUCGGUUUGGUCUCGUUUCUCCAGCAGGUCAGGGUGGAAGCCCGUUUACACCACAGAAUCAUGCUUUUGGAAAUCAGAGUUAUGACUCAAAAAGAUGAAAUUAUAAUAUACUUAGUAGAAAUUGAUAUUAAGUUGAAAUUGGCUUAAAAGUCAUAAUUAUGACAUAAUUAGUAUGUCAAAAUUCUGACUUAUGACACAAUUGAUUUUAAGUCAAAUCUACAUACUAAGAUGAAAUUGACUUAAAAAGUCAUAAUUUUGACCUACAUUGAAAUAUGAUACACCAACUUGAAAUUAUGUAGAAAUCGACUGUCGAAAUUGACAACUGAUAUUAAGUCGAAAUUGAUUUAAAAAAGGUCCUAAUUAUGACGUGUAGUAUCAAAAUUAUGUCCUUUUUAUGUCAUAAUUAUGACUUUCAAGUCAAAAUUCACAUACUAAGUCGAAGUUGACAAUGUUGAAAUUAUGGCAUUUGACAUACUAAGACGAAACUGAUAUUAAGUCAAAAUUGGCUUAAAAAGACAUAAUUAUGACUGUCAAUUUCAACUUAAAAAGUCAGGUAUGUAUGACACAAAUUGAAAUUGAUACACUAAUUGGAUAUUGAGUCGAAAUUGGCUUAAAAGUGCAUAAUUAUGACUUAGCAUAUCAAUUCUGAUUUGUUAUAAUUUACCUUUUAAGUCUAAAUUGACAUACUAAAACAAAAUUGGCUUAAGCUGAAAUUAUGUCGAAAUUGACAGUCUAAAUUGACAUACUAAGACGAAACUGAUGUUGUUAAAAUAGACUUAAAAUGUCUAAAAAUGAUCACCCAUACAGUGUCAAAAUUUUGACCUUUUUAUGUCAUAAUUAUGGCUUUUAAGUCAAAAUUGACAAUUGAAACUGACAUACUAAGUAGAAAUUUACAUAAAAAGUCAAAAUUGACAGACUGAAUUUCAGCUCAAAUUGUGACAUAAUUGAAAUUGACAUACUAAGAAGUUUAUGUAAAAGGGUGAAAUUGACUUGGCCAUAAUUAUGAUGAAAUUAUGAUACUAACUUGAAAUUUACAUAAUGGAAAUUGACAAGUUGUCCUAAUUAUGUCAUUUAAAUCUUAUAAUUAUGAGUUGUAGUGUCAUGAUUAUGAUUUAUCAUGAUUAUUGUUCUGAUGUGGUGUAAACGGGCUUCCGUAGGUCAGAAGCUCUCGCAGGAAAUGAACAGCAAUAGAAUGACGUAUCGCCGCACAGACAGACAGACAUCAGGCACUUGACCUUCCAGAACAAAACAUGUGACCAGAAUCUCUGUCAUGUGACAUUCCAGAAGCAGGGGUCAGAGUUCACGAGUGUUCCUGACCCCUGAUGUGGCCGUGAGAAGAGGACGUUAGGGAGCAAUAAUCAAACCAAUAGCAGGUCGUGAGUGUGUGUGUGUGUGUGUGUGUGUGUGUGUGUGUGUGUGUGUGUGUGUGUGUGUGUGUGAGACAGUGUUUCGCUCUCUUCUAACCCUCCCCUGAUGUUUAUUUACUGUGUUCUGACUGGAUGUCUCUGGUUCAUUUUUCAUUGGGUGGAUGUGAUUCAUAAUUAUAUUAAUAAUGAUAAUAAAACACUUUUUAUGCA